AUGGGCAGUUUCAUUGAAAUUCUUUGUGCAGUUUUCAUACCUCCUGUUGGUGUAUUCCUCAGAUUUGGCUUUGGGUUAGAGUUUUGGCUCUCUUUGCUCCUAACGUUCUUUGGUUUUAUCCCUGGAGCAAUAUAUGCUAUUUGGGUUCUUACCAAAUAG